GGUUUUUGAUGAGUUUUUAGCUUGGUUUGAAGACGACAGUUCUCAAAAUCGUGCAUUUGUUAUUUCUGCUGUUGCUGGUAUGGCUUUCCUGAUUUUAAAAAUAUUUUGGUAGAAAAAGCUGACGGACUUAUGUUGCUUGCAUCCCUUCUUAUCAGUGAAGUCAAAAAUCAGGAUUUGUUGAAUGCGUCCAUACCAAAAGAUCUCAGUGAAUAUUACGAAAUUUGCUUAACACGAUUAAGUAAGGAAUUGAAUUCGUUUCAUAUCAGUAACGAAAAGCUUCAGUCAAUUUUAAAUACUCUGGCUGUUGCUAAAGAACCUCUUCCUUGGAAAAUGAUCGAUGAUGUUCUUUGUUUGAAUUCGAAUCGCAUAUCACUUGGGGUUAGAAAAAUUAUCUCUUGUCUGUUUGUUAGCAAUGAAGAAGGAUGUGUUUCAUUUUUUCACAAAUCAUUAAACGAUUGGUUGUUGGAUGAUCGAGAACAUGAGUACUCAGUAAAAACAUCUUGUGGUCAUCAACUUGUUUUACAAUUUUGCUUAAAAUCUUUGGAUAACCUCAAAGCUGAAGGUGUAAACUAUGACGUCAUUAAACAUGUGACAGUGAUGUAUUCAGUCAAGUAUUGGUUUCUUCAUUUACUUGCUAUUUCUGAUAAUGAUUCUAUCAUUGAAAAUGUUGGUAAAUAUCUUGUUGACUUGGAAGUUUUAGUUGCUUCUAUGUUGGUCGAUGGUCGUCGUACUUUUGAAAAUUUUAAAUUAUUCAACGCACAUGAUGUGUACUUAAAUAUUUCUGAGGACAUUCGAUUAUUAUUUAAUGAAGUUUAUUCUGUAAUGACGCACCCUAGGCACUUUAGCAAUGCAGUAAUUUUUUUACAAAACGUUGCCUACAAAGUCAAAGAUCUGUCGUCUCAAGCCACGACAAUGCUUCAAACACGUUUCAAAGAUUCACCAUAUCUAGAGUGCAGAGACACGGGUUUUGUAAAGGCUCGAUUCUUACGUUUGAAUGAAUAUUUAAACUCUGUUGAUGUUUCACGAAAUCAUGAUUACGUCGUCUGUGGUUAUUUAGGAUUCGUCGUGCAACUUUUUUCAUUGAGAACAAACAGAUGUUUAUGGAUAAAGAAUAUUGUUGGUCAGUUUAAGCAAUAUGAAGAGGAAGAACUUUGCGUUGUCUUUCAUCCAUUCCAAGAUUUGAUUUUUGCUUCCCAGCUUGAUAAAAUACUAGAUAUUAAUGGUAAAAUUUCCUCCAGUCCGUUCCAUUGUGAUGAUUUUACUUCUAAGUUAUUUACGAACAAAUGUUUUUCUAAGGAUAAGUACACAAUGGUCACUAGUUACAAAGAUACUUUGACAGUAUGGGACGUUGAGAAAGGUGAGAAUAAACGCAGUAUUAGAUGUAAUAAUGUGACCGCACUAUGUUUUUCUAAUUCUGGAAGAUAUUUGUGUGUUAUUGAGGAAAAAAAAGUGUUUCACAUAUUUGACGUAGUAAAUAAUUAUGAAACAUUCGUUUACGACAUUCAUUUGCCGUCUGGUUUUUUAAUUGAUUUUGCUGUUGUGUUCACUGUUGGUCUUCAUUCUUGGUGUUGUUGGUCUCCUUCCUUCCAGAAAGAACCUUUCAUUGUAGAUCCCACUGGUGAGAAACUUCCUGACUUAGAUCCUGAUUUCCAAACUUCGCUUUUUCCUCUUGAUCCUUUCGAUGACAACAGAUCUAACUUUUCUUUUAUUAGAGGAAGAAAUUAUUAUUUUAUUUUGAACAACGACAAUGUCCUUUUGUUUGAAUACGGACUUGAGUUUUAUCUUUAUUCAAUACAGCGUGCAUGUUUAACUAACAGUUACAGUUUUUAUUACGAGAAAUUUUGCUCAAAUGGAAAAUUUCUUUAUCGGAGCAAUGGAGAAGAGUGA